AUGGAAGCUUCCAAGACCCCCGUCAAGCUGGUCAAGGUGACCAAGGUCAUUGGCCGCACCGGUUCUCGUGGUGGUGUCACUCAGGUCCGCGUCGAGUUCAUGGACGACUCUACCCGUUCCAUUAUCCGCAACGUCAAGGGUCCCGUCCGUGAGAACGACAUUCUCUGCCUGCUCGAGUCUGAGCGUGAAGCCAGACGUCUGCGAUAA